AUGGCUCACCACAUUCGCACUCUGCUUGAGUCCGUACCCGGCUGCGCUGUCAACAACUACAUCGACAGUGGCGGCGAAGUAAGACUUCUCAGCCACUCGAGAAGACAACCCACUGACGUCUCCAAGGAUCCAUGCAUGCAAAACAUUCUCCAUAUCCUGAAUCACCAUCAAACCCACGAGAACACGUCCACAAUCUGGAUAAAGCAUGACAACGGUCCCUACAAGGGCGUCGAAUGGGACAAUGCAAAAGAAUGUCACACUGUCAGAAGAAGAAUUCUGGACAGUGACCAAGGCAAGCCUCUCGAGUUCAUCCCAUGGGACCAGUGGAUUGAGGAUCAUCUCAAGCCUGCCAACCAAAUCUACCUUAAGUACAAUGAGUCACUGCUUCGCAUGCAGCAUUUCAGCACACUCAUGAAACGCGUCAACAAGGACAGAGUACGCCGAGAACAAAAAGAGAAGAAACGCAAGACCGAUCUCAGAGUCGAGAAGGCUCAACUCACGAAAGACAAGAACGAAGUCAAGAAACAACGCAUGAUCGCCAAACAUUUGGAGCUUCUGGAUGAUGCGAUUGAGACUACCGAGAUCCAUGUCACCAAUCACCACUUCCGCAACGACAUCACAUCGAAGAUCAGACUGGCUCGCAACUUCUUUGGCAUCUUCAUGAGUCCGCGCUGGGCUUCGCAGCUGGCCGCGUUGCCUGAAAAUUGGGAGGCCGAAGUCGAGAAUGAUGGGUUCAUCGACGACGAAGUGGAGGAAGAGGGGGUCAGCGAGAGUACCAACAGCGAGGAAGACAGGUACAACAGCGAGGUCCAUGACUUAGAUAUGGAUGACUAUGAUCUUUGA